UGCAGCUCCACCAGAGGAAGCUCAACCAACCCUGGAUGAUUUACGCAAGAUGUGACAUGUUAUUGAAAUUGUGACUUGAUGCUCUUUAACAGCUAAGGCUUAUGUGCUUGAAAUCUUGUCGAACAGAUGCAGUGCUGUCUCGCGAAGAUUUAAUAUUCGUCACUGACGUCAGAAGAGAUUUAUAAUGUAAUGCUUUGUAAUGUUCAUCCAAACGUAACGUGUGAAGGCGGGACUUUCAUCAUAGACGUUGCGCUUUAAACGUAACGUCAACAUGUCGGGGAGUGCGGUCACAAGAGUUUUACCUCAUUCAAGCAGAAUUUUGCCCUUUCUACAACCCAUUAUCACAAAGAGUGUGAAAAUAAGAAGAUCCUUAACUGCCGAGCUGCAAGGCCAGAUAAAACCACUAGAUGGCGUCAAAGUCUUAGAUCUGACAAGAGUGCUGGCGGGACCUUUUGCUACUAUGAUAUUAGGAGAUUUGGGGGCAGAGGUGAUAAAAGUUGAACGGCCAGGUUCAGGAGAUGACACGAGAGCGUGGGGACCUCCGUUUGUGGGUGAAGAGAGUGCUUAUUUUCUGAGUGUCAACAGAAAUAAAAAGAGCAUUGCUGUUAAUCUUAAAGAUCCAAAUGGGACCAAGCUUGUAACUGAGCUUGCCAAAGUGUGUGAUAUUCUGGUGGAGAAUUACUUGCCUGGGAAACUAAAUGAGAUGGGACUUGGGUACGAGGAUUUGAGAGAAGUGGCCCCUCAGCUGAUCUAUUGCUCUAUCUCAGGAUAUGGACAGACGGGCCCCGAGUCACACAAGCCUGGCUAUGACUCCAUUGCGUCUGCAGUGUCUGGUAUGAUGCAUAUUACCGGUCCGGAGGAUGGAGACCCGGUCAGGCCGGGUGUGGCUAUGACCGAUCUGGCCACUGGUUUGUACACUCAUGGAGCCAUCAUGGCUGCUUUGCUCCAGAGACAGAGAACAGGACGAGGACUUCACAUUGACUGCAAUCUGCUGUCUUCACAGGUUGCUUGUCUCACUCACAUUGCUGCCAACUACCUUAAUGCUGGUAAAGAGGCCAGACGAUGGGGAACCGCACAUGAGAGCAUUGUGCCUUACCAGGGUUUCAAGACCAAAGAUGGAUUUAUGAUCGUAGCAGCGGGAAAUGACCAACAAUUCAUGAAAGUGUGCAAAGUUUUGAGCUUGAACGGCCUUGCAGACAGCCCGAAAUACAAAAGCAACACAUUAAGAGUUGAGCAUCGCAACGAGCUGCUACAGAUUCUCUCUGAGAGGUUCAUGGAGGAGACGACGAGGGAGUGGCUGAGACGCUUCGAAGGGACAAGAGUCCCCUGUGGGCCUAUUAAUAACAUUCAGCAGGUGUUCGGCAACCCUCAGGUUGCACACAAUGGCCUCAUUUUGGAAGUGGACCACCCAACAUCAGGAAGGAUAGCUGUGCCAGGCCCUGCGGCGCGGUUCAGUAGUUUUGAAUACAGCCAGGCGAUGCCCCCCCCUCUGAUUGGACAGCACACGGUCCAGGUUCUCAGAGACACUCUUGGAUACAGCGACGAUGUCAUAAACCAACUUCUGGCCUCGCGGACUGUGACACAGAACGAUGUACACUAAGAGACCUCGAGCAGACUGGGAAAACUCCUCAGGCUAUCAUAAAUACUUCUGAAGAAUCCUCCAGUCAUCAGCCAGCCGCCCAUUAAAGAAAAAUGAUUCCCUUUCGACUCAGUGGUGAUAAUUUUGCGAUUCAUUUGAUGAAUGUCCACAAGAGACGAAACUGCAAAUGCAAAAAUAAUGACAUAAUGACACAGUUCACACACGAGAGUGUACUCUGCCAAAUGACGUGCUUUUAAGCGUCAUCUGGAUAUUAAGUAAGCACACACAUGAUUUCACUCCGAGUGAUGGAUAACCGCUUACAUUUUCUGAUCAGAGACUGAAUAACAUCAGUGUAUUUUUUAAGUUCAAUAAAAUCACGGUAUGUCUUUUCUUUAAGAAUGUUUAGUGGUCAAAAAUGCCAAAAUUGUCCCUUGCAGGUGUUAGUUUAAGACGAGAGGUCGCUUCACAAUCCUAUCAAAGCUUUUGGCUCUACGUUAGUACAUAGUUGUUUAGCCGUGCAGUGGAAAAGCCCCAUAACUUUCAAAUCUUUCAUGUCCGAUCUGUGAUUUCCAGCGACUUGGGACGCAGACUCAUAGCAGAACAAUGCAAUGAGGGUGAAAGGAAGAGAAUGUACUAUAUCUUUUGAUUACUCAAAACGAUAUUUCAUAAUGUCCGCGUUCACGUUCCGUCAAAUGACCCGGUGUGUUUUGACAGACGUUUGCUCAGCAUGGAGACACUUAAGCCUCAUCGUGAGAAGCCGUCCAGCUCAAUGCAAAGUUAAAGAGAGUUUUCCUGAAUGACUCAUCUGUUUAUACUGUUCCAGUACAUUUCACUGGAGACCUUUUUAAAUAAGUCCCCGGAAUGAAAUAAUGCUCAGUUGUAGUCUGAGCAAGGUUGUUCUCAGCCCUAAGGUCCUUCCGUUUAGUUAGAACGGACAAUUAACAUUCAAACCAAUAACCCUUUACUGACAUGAUAAUGGUGUGAUCAAAUCCCAAAAUGUUUAUGAAGCAACAGAUGUCAGCUCUCCGUGGCUUCGUUGAGGAAGACUUUCCUUUCUACACUGGCAGUGUUAAUGACAGACGUGUAAUGCUAAAGGUCAGAACUUGGCACAGGUCGGCAGUCGUCUAACGGUGUCCCAGGAGGACACUGGGAAAACUCGGAAGCAAUAUCUGUCAAGCAUUGAAAAGGUCAAUUACUGUGUGUUACGAUGUGUGAAGGUUACGAUAACCUUACUCGAUCUCUUCUGCUAUCGCCACGAAACCGUUGUUUUUUUUUGUUUGGCAUUUUUCUGCGCUUUUCCUCUGAGGGGAAUCUCAGGGUGCCCGGAUAUGAAGUCCAGGGAGAGUGCUGGGAAGCGCUUUCCUGUUUUCAGUUUGUGUUCCGCUGACACAUUCGGAGAAGGAAACGGGUUAUCCAGCCCAACCAGCUGCACAUGACAUUAGCUCCCUCCCUGCGUCCCACGCUGCACCUCUCUUGCCUCAGCCAAUGGGAGGUGACCCGUGCCGCCGUCACUUCCAGUUUUGCAUGUGUAGGCCGUUGCUUUGUCGACGAGUGGUUUCCGGAGCAACCGGCGAGCAAUGAAAUGAACUAAGCAGACCUAGAGUGAACCUGCGGUUUUGAGAUGGGAAAAAGUAAAGGACAAAGAAAUUUGAAGAUAAGAAUUAAAAAACCAUCUGCAAGUUAGUCGGAGCAGCCAUGAACUUCUUUCUUGGAGCGUAGUUGGUGAACUGGGCACAUGAGUUAAGAUGAAACACCAAGUAGAAAGCACGGCAAUCUGACUAUGGGAGACUGUUGGCAAAACGGGCCAAGAUGUUAAAGACUUUUUUCACCAUUUUUGAUCAUAUGGGCAGUCAAAGAAGCUGUCGGCUUUCGAUACGAUGCUGGGCUGCCGGCGCGAGAGCUAUAAACGUUGUUUGCCGUUGAUUAGUGUCGUGACGUAGCACUGCAUGUGUGUAUUGGCCAGGACAACCUGAAAUGUCCAUUUAUAUUAUGAUGUUUUUAGCCACCAAAUAUUGGUGAAGGGUAAAAUACCUGGCGAGCCACAUGAUUUUUGAAAAGAGCCACAGAUUCCCGAACACUGCAUUUAGACCAUCAGAAAAUGUAUUUUUUCUGAAUUUUGUUACCAAUAUUUGGGACACCAUCAAAGUACAGUUUCAGACUGAAUAGACAAAGACAAAAUUGAUCAAACUAAAAAAGCAAAGUUUUUUGCCAGAAUGGGUAACAGGGUUUGGGAAUUGGCUUUCACUUGUCACUCAGUGAGGAUUGAAAGGUCACAUUUGACUGUAUUUAGUACACUGAAAAAAGGGUUUCAUUCAACCAAUUAAACAAUUUUAGGGUAAGGAUUCACAUCUAUAUUUUAUAUCUUAAGCCAAUGAAAAAUAAUAAAGAAAAGGUAUAUAUUUUUAAUUGGCUUAAGAUAUAAAACUACCCUAAAAUAUUUUUUCAGUGUAAUAAGAAGGGAAUAACAUAAAACCGUGGUGUAGAAAAGGUCUCCAAUAAUUAAAAAAAGAAAGAAUCCUACACCUUUUUAUUUUCUCAAAUAUAGCUGAGAUAAAUCUGAAAAUGGAAUACAAGUGAGAGAGUUUCCCUCAGGUCAAAGAGAACAGUAUUAGACAUCUUUAACAUUAUUGUUGUUUGAUAGUAUUUACACAGAUUAACUAUAAACAAAUGCUAAUUAUUUAUAAAUAAUAAUCUAAAAAACAAGUUUAAUUUUAUAUUUGAAAAAGAACUGAACCAUGCUUGCCUGUGCAAAACUCGGGUCAUGGUGUUGGA